UACACAUGAUAAUUUUCCUUUAUUUUUACUACAUACGAUGAUUCGGAUUUGUAUGCCGGAUUAAUUUUUACAACUUUUACAAACAUAUAAAAAUUAUUGAGUAAUUUUUACAUUUAUUAAGAUAGAUACUUAAAAAAGAAGAACGGAUAGAGAUUAAUAUUAAGUCUAUUUGCGAUGCUUAAAAUCCCCCAAAAUUUUUAAAUUUAAAAUUACACACACACACACACACACACACACACAUAUAUAUAUAUAAUAUAUAUAUAAUAUAUAUUAUUUGAACGUUGAAGAGAGAAUACGAAGAUUGAGUGCAAAAAGUGCAAGCAACCUAUAAACAGAUCUAUUAGGUUAGGUAUUCCUCAUAUUUCAAAGAAAAAAAAUACGCUGAACCUGAAUGAUUCAACGAUGUGAACUAAUUAAUGUAACUAAAUGAAUAUUUGUACAUUGGAAUAUUUGUAAACUACAUACAAUAUUUAAUAAACUACGUAGAACUAAAUCGCAAUCUUUAGAAUGAGAGAAGAGUUAAUUGAAAUUCGGCUCCUAUAUAUUUGCUAAGAAAACGGAAGUGAAAAUACGAUUUCGAAAUUGCGGUUGAUGCGUAUUUAAGUCGACAAAGUGGCUAGGCUGCUCGCUGAACAAUUAAGCAUGAUUGGUUGAAUCCAUAAGUAAGAACCAAUCAUUCAUUCGCUCAAGCAUGCCUAGCCGCUUUGCUGUCUUGAAUUCGCCCAAUGUCGGCCAAUCGUAUCGCAAUCUUUUAGCCACAUCAUUCGGAAGAAUCUUUGCCAUUUUAAUCAUUUUUGAUCCAAGUUGUCGAUUUCCGUUAGAUCAGCGGGAAUAUUGUCUGAAUUCGACGUUAUCUAUCGUUGCGUGGAAUGGAAUCGUCAUACCAAUGAAGAGAUAAAACGUAAGUAUCUUUAUCAAUUUACGAUGAUUUCGCUCGGCUCACUUUAAUCGCAGUAUCUUGAGCAUCGCAUGCGAAUUUUGCUGUAAGUGGAAUCUGAUUAAUGUAAACAUCAAUCACUUCCGAUACGCGCGCGAUACGUGCACGUGCGCAACAAGUAGCGAAUUGGAUUGGUGACAAAAUUACGUUGUUGAGGGGGAAGGGAGAGGUAAAGGGGAGAAGGGAAUACCAAGGAAGAAGGCAAGGAUCAAGUCAAAGUGCGGUACAUCACGCAUGUUGUGUUUGAAAUAUCGUUCUGCUUUUGCCGGGAAUAGGUGAAAGAGAAGAAAUAAGGGAAUAGAAAAUAAAAAAUAGCUGCUUAAAUUGGGAUAUCCUGUGGAUAAAGCAUAUCAAAGAAAAAGAAUAUUUUCUAUAUAUUAUUAUCUAUAUAAUAUUGCAAAAGAAUAGAAACAGAGAGAUGUCAAAACGGACACAGGAGCCAGUGGAUCAAUGGUUGGCAAAGGAGGGUUAUUUCAGGAAACCUACUCCCAGAGACCCAACCUGUUUGUUUAGAGCAAUUAGUGAACAAGUGUAUCAUACGCAGCAUUAUCAUCUACGAGUAAGAAGAGAAUGCAUAGAAUUUAUGAAGAAGAAGAGACACUUGUUCAUUGAUUCUGUAUCAACGCCAUUUGAUUAUUAUCUGAAUGAAAUGCAAUGUUUUACGGAGUGGGGAGGCUCAAGUGAAAUUCAUGCCAUGUCUUUGUUAUAUAAAAGAGACAUAAUCAUAUUCGUUGGAGAGAAGCAGAUAUGCGAAAACGUUACCAAUAACGGCUUUAAAAAAGGCGUUAUAUUACUUUGUCACACAGAACCGAAACAAUAUGAGCCUGUUUACCCGAUGGCUUUUGUACAAUCAGCUGCAUAUUGCCAAUCUAUUGUUUAUGAAGUUGUAUAUAGGUAUAUGUAUCAAAUACCUAAUAUAAAAACUGUUGCGGAUAGAAUGCUACAUAACCGAGCUCCUGCACUUAGACAUGACAGAUUUUUCCAGAAGGGAAAUCUUGAUAUUAGAGAGCAAUUGAUUGAAGAUUUAUACAAAAAAGUAAAAAAUGAACAUAGUGACACGGAUGAAGCGCAAUCUGACUGGAAAGGAGCACCUAUUCCUUAUAAAGUCGCAAAAGCGUUAGCUCCUGAUUAUUAUCGUAAUAUAGAGUUAGAUAUAUGGCACGAAUUGAAACGAGAAGUAAAAUCUGCAGGCUGGAACAGAUAUAACAGUAAUGAGCUUCAAGUUGGUGGCAAAUGUCUGAUAGAAAUUAGCAUAAAUGAUUUACAACAGUGUGACAGAAAUAACAACAAGAAUGUACGAGUUAAUUUGCCAGAAUGUAGUACUAGCGAGACUAACAAUAAAAUUGAGCAACAAAAAUUGAAGCAAGGUCCUCUUUGGCUUCACGGUUAUAUACAGGAAAUGAAUACAGAGAAAGAGCCAGUUCUGGUUUUUAUUAAAGACUUAGGAGAAAAAAAAUUUGUUCCAUACGAUGCUUUGAAGCCAUUACCUUUAGUAAGAAAAAAUAGGCCAAAAAAUUGGGUACCAAUUAAUAGAAAUCAUUCAGUUACUAUAGAUUCAAAUCGCCGAUGGAAAAAACCAUAUAAUUCUUUCUCGCGAAAGAGAAAAGAUACCAUAAUCAUAACAAAUGAAAAGCCAAAUAAUACAAAUAAAAAUGUAUUAAUAAAUAACAGUAAUGAUGAUAAUGACAUUGAUGCUACCAAUGUUGUUAAAAGUGACUUUGAUGAAUAUCAUGGCGAACUUCAUAAAAUAAAUCAAAGCCAAACAUUAAAA